AUCUCCGCUUUCUCUACCCCCGUCUACACCGGUGGCUUGGGAUUUUUGGCUAACCUCCCUAUUGGGUGCCCAUGGUCCCGUUCUACCUUCCAGAAAUAUCACCUUGAAACACACCAUCGCUUUAAGCGAGUAGAUGGGAUUGGAUAUGAUCAUCCCAGCCAUGCUGGAAGCCGGUUUUUCCACAAUGACAUCAACAUUUUCCCUAGGAAUCCGCUGGGACACAGGCUUCACAAAGGUGAAAGGAGAUCUGGGCGCCAGAAAUAUUAUCACAUUUACGACCCUCGUAUAAGUCCUUUGGAGCCAGGUUCAUCCUACAUGUAUAUUAUCGGAAUCAGGACAAUUGGCGCCACUACAGCCCGAAUGAAGAGAAAGGGUGUCAACUAA